ACAUUUCCAUUUCCAUCAACGACCCGACGUAUACGUAUCUCCCAUCUUGACCGAGUUCAGGGGCCAGCAGAAUCACCAGCACACGGCGCAGCAACCAUUUUACAACAGUUCCAUCGAAGUCACCACAAAAAUGCCAGGACCUCCUGUUACCACGACGGACUUCGCAGAACCCUCAAAUCCAUACUAUCCCACCGGCUCCUCAAUCGCUGGCUGGAAACCAAAUGAAUCCUCCGUAUUCACACUUCUUGGAGCCUUCUUCGGAGCCUCCGUCGUGCUCUUCACCUCAACCUUCAUCCUGGUCAAACGAAUCCAACCAACAUUAACACGAAGCGAGCUCCUAACCAUAAUGUGGUUCGUCCUCAGCGGAACAAUCCACAUCUUCUUCGAAGGCUACUACAUUUCGAAUUUCUCCUCACUCGGAUCGCAACAGACUUUCAUCGCUCAAAUGUGGAAAGAGUAUUCUUUCUCGGACUCACGAUAUCUGACGAGCAAUGGACUUGUAUUCUGCUUGGAAACGAUCACGGUCUUCGUUUGGGGGCCUGGUUGUUUACUUGUGGCAGCACUUAUCGUUUCACGCAGUCCCUGGAGGCAUCCGUUGCAGAUUGUUGUGAGCUUGGGUCAGUUGUAUGGUGAUACUUUGUACUAUGCGACUAGCUUUUUCGAUGAAGCUGUUCAUGGGAUUUCGUAUUCGAGGCCAGAGGCGUUUUACUUCUGGUUCUACUUCGUUUUCAUGAACAGUUUGUGGAUUAUCAUUCCUGCAGCUCUGAUUUUCCAAAGCUCUUGGACGGCGGCUUCAGCGAUCGCAGCUGCAAGUCAACGCGUGGAAUCGAAAAAGUUGCGAUGAAGUACUCGUCGACUGAUCAUAGGUACUGCAAUGGAAGCUGCCGAAGGUGGAACGGACUACAACACCGAUGAACAUCUUUCAACGACUUCAAGAGACACAUUGACACCUUCUCCAUUAAGCUUGGAUCACUCAAACAAUGAUCUCCCUUGAAAAGCCAGGAAAGAAGGCACGAAAGCCACAGAGCCGCUGGGUCUGUCUCUUAUCCGGCUAAUAAGCUACACAGAUUGACAGAACGCAGAGCGAGAUGUCCUCCAGCCGCCGUUACACGGAUCGACAGUGCGCGCACUUGUGCUUGCGCCAUCACCGUGAUUCUGCCAAACUUCUCAUGAGCAGAUGCCUUCCAGCUUUUG